UGGACGAUCGUCCAACGCCAUGAAUCACACCGAGCCUCGUGAAAGUACGCCCGACGUGUGGGUGGGUUAUGUAUUUUCAAAAAUGUAAAAAGAGUGCGUGAGCUAUUGUGCGAUAGUGGAUAGCUGAUUGUGAUGGUGGCAAAGGGACGAAUCACACGAUAGUGGUAGUUCUCGCGCAGAGAGAAUCGGCGAACGAAAGAAACGUCGCGAUAUCGCCGGUGAAAUAUAUAUAUAUAUAUGUAUAUACAUAUAUAUAUAAGAACAGCGACGAUGGUGAACGCGUUGUGUCUGUGGUUAGCUCUGAGUGUGUGCGUUACGCAUGCCUUUAAUCUGGAACCACGAAUACCUGUUAUCAAACGGGGACUGAAGGGCUCCUAUUUCGGUUACUCGGUGGCCGAACACCAAGAAAUCAAGCCUCAAACGCCGAAGCCCACGAGUUGGAUGCUAGUGGGUGCACCUCUAGGCCAGAAUCAGCAACCUGGAACAAACAGAUCAGGAGCGUUAUGGCAGUGUCCGCUGACGACUUAUACAGAAGAUUGUACUCAAGUCAUUACUGAUGGACGAUUGAAGGGCGAUGGUCUGUUAUUCAGACCGUACGAAUACGAAUUAUACGAUUCAAAUAUAGAGUCAGAGGACUUAGUACCACCAGGUCCGGACGAGAUAAAGGAUAAUCAAUGGCUAGGAGUUACCGUACGCAGUCAGGGGAUGGGAGGUAAAGUAAUGGUAUGUGCACACCGGCAUAUCGUCAAAACGCUUGACUCUCGAUGGGGUCAGGGCCAAUGUUACAUAUUGACUCAAGAUUUGAAAUAUAAUGAUUUGAAAAAGCCAUGUUCCGGAAAGCCCACGAACAAAGCGCACGAACAGUUCGGCUACUGUCAAGCUGGCACCAGCGGUUUCUUGACUGUGGAUGAUCGCGUGUUAAUCGGCACACCAGGUCCGCACACUUGGAGGGGCACUGUGUAUCUGUUCACCGUGUCGGACGAAUUCCUGACCCGUGACAAUACAGUUUACAGCGCGCCGAUGCAAGACUUGUCGCCCGUGAAUAAGUACAGUUAUCUCGGAAUGUCCGUGGCGGUUGGCAACUUCUUCGGCAAGGGUCUGGCUUACGCCGCGGGUGCGCCGCGUUCCAACGGUACCGGGCAGGUGGUUUUAUUCACCAGAUACGACUACAAGCCAGAUAUGGAGGUGACCCUCGUUCUCGACGGCGAACAGUUCGCCUCGAGCUAUGGAUACGAGAUCACCUCGGCAGACGUGAACGGAGACAAACUGACCGAUUUGAUCGUGGCGGCGCCGUUUUACUUCAACAAGGUGGAAGGCGGCGCUGUCUAUGUCUAUACCGCGCUGGAUGUAUGCCGAAUCACGAAGGAUGACGAGAGGUGUCUGCCCGUCAAGCUCGUCGGCCGUGAAGAAUCGAGGUUUGGAUUCGCGCUCACGAAUUUGGGCGAUCUCAACAAAGACGGAUACGAAGACGUGGCGAUUGGCGCCCCGUACGAAGGGAAAGGGACGGUCUACAUCUAUCUUGGCUCCAAGAACGGCAUAAUCAAGACGCCAUCGCAGGUGAUACAUGCCGAGGAUCUGCCCUCGCCAUUGAAAACGUUUGGCUACUCUCUAAGCGGAGGUAUCGACAUGGACCACAAUGGUUAUUCGGAUCUUUUGAUCGGUGCUUACGAGGACGAUGCGAUUGCGCUUCUCCGUUCGAAGAAGAUAAUCGACAUCUCGACUUACGUACGUUACGAAAAGAAGGAUGGCACGUAUCAGGAUAAGAUGGAGCCCAUCGAUCCCAAUAAAGUUGGAUGCCCGGUCGAUCCAGACUCGAAUUACACAUGUUUUUCAUUCGAGGCUUGCUGCAAGACGGAAUCGUUGGUGAAGGAGGAGUCUAAUUUAAAAUUGAACUAUUACAUCGAAGCGGAGACCUAUGCCGGGGCUAAGAAAUUCUCAAGGGUUUGGUUUGCCACGGAUGGUAGUUCGCGGCACCAUUACAUCAAUCGAACGGUCACCUUAGAUACCACUAAACUUACACACUGCCAAAGGGAGGUCGUUUAUCUGAAAGAAAACACGCGUGACAUACAGUCUCCCAUUAAAUUCCGCCUGAAUUAUUCGCUGAUACAAGAAGAGCCGGUCAUGCCUCCCCAAGGCGCCGCUCUGCCCGACAUCAAGAAUUACCCGAUACUGAAUCAGCAAGAGGCCGCUCGUGUGUUCGAGGCGGUCUUCCAGAAGGACUGCGGGAAUGACGAUAUCUGCGAGAGCGAUUUGCAAGUGAAGGCGAAACUAAAUUUAUCGGCUUCCUCCGUAAAGCCGGAUUUCUACGAGCUACUUUUGGGCGAGAGGGAGGAGAUAGUGGUAGAGGUGAACGUGGCGAACAUCGGCGAGUCCGCAUACGAGGCUCAACUGUUCAUCGUUCACUCGCAGAGCCUGAGCUACAUCGCCAGCAAGAGCAACGACUCCGUGAUCUGCAAUCUGUACAAUGCCACCGUGGUGUCGUGCUCCAUCGGCAAUCCCUUCCAGAAGAACAAAACCGCGGACAUACAAGUGAGAUUCGAUCCCAAGGGCCUCGAAGACAACGAGUCCCAGCUGGGCUUCACGAUCUUCGCCAAUUCCACGUCGAGGGAGGUCAAGGACAAGAGACCCGCCGUGUUGCAAGCGACUGUGCUGAAGCGCGCUGAACUCUCGAUUAAGGGGAGCGCGAAGACUCAGUGGGCAUUUUACGGUGGUCCUGUGGUCGGUGAGUCCGCGAUAAAACACCUGAACGAAGUAGGACCGAAGGUGUCGCAUAUUUACGAGGUGUUCAAUGAGGGACCGUGGAAAGUCAGCACCCUGGAAGUGCGCAUCUCAUGGCCUUACGAAGUGGCGAAUGACAAAGCGCACGGCAAGUGGCUGCUGUACAUGGAGGAGUUGCCGACUAUCCAAGCUCUAGGGGACGGUGAGUGCACUCUGCCGCCGGGGCACAUAGUUAAUCCAUUGAAGCUGCAGGACAGUGACAACUUCGACGAUGUCGACAACAUGUUGCAGCCUUCAACUUCACCGCCGAUUUUGUACAACCACACCAAUCACGUAAGAACAACGCGAGAUACGGAGAAAGUGGUGAAUACGCGGACUAUCGUCGACAAGGACGGACAUCGACACCGUGUGGUUGCGAUGAAUUGUAAAGCCGGCACAGCGAAGUGUUUCGACAUCACGUGCUACAUAUACAAUCUGCAGAGGAAGCAGGAAGCUGUCAUCACUGUUAAAGCAAGACUCUGGAAUUCCACCUUGGUCGAGGAUUACCCGAAAGUCGACAUGGUCAAGAUAGGCUCCAACGCUAAGAUAGUGAUACCCCCGAACGUUAUAAUACAGCAAGAAAACUUGAAGGACGAUCACGCUAUCGCCGAGACAAUCGCUUAUCCGGAUCUGCUGGACCAGCAAGAAGCCGAGCCGGUACCGGUGUGGGUGAUCAUCGUCGCCGUGGUGGCGGGCUUAUUGUUGUUUAUUCUGCUGACGUUGGUGCUGAGGAAACUCGGCUUUUUCAAGAGGCGACGCCCGGACCCGACCCUGUCCGGAAAUCUCGAGAAGCAUAAUCGCGACGAUAAUCCCGAGAACGAGUCGUUAUUCAAGCACUGAAGGACGCACGAAGCGCGAACAAAUCAAAGCAAGUCUCGAGUAAUGUUUGCAACGAAUUAAUCAUAAAUUACUUAAACGAGGGUACUUAUAUGAGAUAAAGAGGAGGAGGAGUAGAGAUUCGCAAUCCGUGCGCGUCUCGCUUUCCGAUUUCACACUGCCUGAGUUUUCGAGGGGAAGAUGCGUGUGUCGAUGCACACGCGAGCAGCUACGUAGUAGUACGUGAAGGUGGAUAAAAUAGAUUGUGAUAUUGUUGUACUAAAUCUUUCUCGAGGCGUAUUCGGGCGUUUCAUUGUAUGCUAAGCGAAUAUCUUAACAUUCACACGUCUCGUGUGAGGUUCUCGGUCUCCGGAAAAGGAAGACAUCGUCAAUUUCUCACACAUUCUUUUUAUUUUCAGUAUUUGGUUACUGAUCGUUAAAAAAUCUACAGUACUUCCGAGUAUUUAUUUUCUCGUCAAGAAAGAUCGAUUGCAGAAUAGUCGGGUAAUUUCGUUGAGAUGAAGCGUGUAACGAGGUUUUUCUACGUCGCAAUAUGAAACGAGAGCCUGCAGGAUCCAGUUCGGAUGCGUGGAAUCAAAGGAUGUUCAGUCAGUGAAUGUUAGGAUCAACGUAUGUCGCUUAGUACAAUGAGAGACGGUGAUUUUAUAUCGGAUAGAAGAAUAAUAGUUACUUAUUUGUGCAUCGCUUCACUCGUGCCAUUUGCAUAUGCAUAUGUCGAAGAGCAUUUAUACAAUACGGAAAUGAAGGAUCAAUCUCGCUAAUAUAUAUCGUUCCUCGCCCGCGCUAUUUUUACACGGAGAACGGAGGUCGGUUUGAUAAACGCGGCCGAUAGAACUAUUUCCGCAAACAAUUUUUCACUUACAUUAUUUUUUCAAAAUAGGUAAAAGUUUUUCAUAUCUCAAAGUCGAGAGUAGGUAAAAAUUCAAUUAUUAAAAUGUUCAACGAUUAAAAUCGAGUGACAAAACGUUACGAAUCAAAUGAUCAAGUAUAUCCGAUGAGUCCGGAGAUAUCGGAAUGAGUUAAAAAAGUAGAACAUUUAAAUAUUCCUGAUUUUCAAGAUUAAUCAUUUGUUGUCCGAUUGCUCACCCUAUGUAGGUGCUUCCAACUUAAAUAUUGUUUCACAAAUUCAAUGAGUGAUAAAUGAGAGACAGCUAUUUUUCUUUUUUUCUCCGUCGCGUAAUGUAAAAUCAAUUUUAUAUAUUUUACGUGUUACAUUUACAUCACGUCUUUACAUUAGUUUUGACUUAGAAGUAUAUAUUCAAUGACUGUAUAAGGUUUUUGUACACUGUAUUAGGUACUCUAUUUGACGAAACAUCAAGCUUUAUGACGUUUUGUCGCGACAGAAGGACACGUCUGGAAAAGUAUCCAGUGAGCCUUAACUAGCGUGGGAGCGACAAUAUUGAAUGUAAAGUAUCUAAUAAGGGAGAAAUAUUUGCUCUGUUACAGCGAUAAGUGGGUACUUAAACAUUCACGCAAUCUAUUGUCGCCUACAUUUAAUCAUGGUAUGGGGUAUCUUCAGUCAUAGCGUAAAUAUCUAUAAAAUUGAAGGAGUGGAGGAUUUUUCACAUCUUCGCAUUUCGACGCUUUAUACAUAUGCAAAGCCCAAAAGGGGGAAAGAUUUGCACAUAAACAACGUAUUUAUAACGAAUCCGCUGCUAUAUAAGUACAAGAGUGCAAAUCUGUAAAGAUUUAUAAUGUUACUAUCUUCCUGCCAAUGUUUAUUAUGCUCUGUCCUAAGGGGAAAAAAAUUUAUAUGUGUAUAUUUAAUUAUGAAUAUUAAGAAAUUUUAUUGCAGUAAUAUUCUUAAUAUUAUAUUUUUCAAAAGAUUUUUUUUUUUUUAGCAAUGUUAUGAUACGUUAAAGUCUAUAUUUAUCUGUAGCAGAUAGAAUUAACAUAUCUUAAUGCAUUUUAUUAUUAAUUAUGAAAUAAAACUUUAUU